GAUCAAGAUGGUGGUGAGACAAGCUAGUCUAGAGCUAAUACGGUGUUUCUCGCGACCAUGGAACCUUGGCGAUGUUCGGAAACCGGAAUGAUCAUCAGCCUGAAGAUGUUGUAGUCUGCAGACACUGCAUUUCGAUCCAAGGUGGUGUCCAACUCCGCGAGCAUCACUACCGGCGCCGUUCUCCCAAAAACAAAAUUAGACAUACUUUUAGACAUAUUCCGCUAUCGGAACGACAGCAAGCUUGAGCGUUCUUGACAGCUUCUAGUGUCCGAGCACAAGAAGAUCAUCAGUUCAUACCGAGUCAUGAGCCUCACUUGUCCAAGCCCAAGGGAUCAAACAUGCCAGUUUCAACUACAAUACGAGAGCGCUAAAACCUGUUAGACUGAAACUAGAAGUCAAAGUCACCUUGACCUUGUCGACAACCAAUCUAUCGAAAACUCAAAUUCCCGUCAACGAGGCGCCUGUUUUAAUGCUCUAGCGUUGAACUACCCGCAAUCUGGCACUUGCGUAGCCAAUACAACCUUGCACUUGCUCAAAUAGCGUGCAUGGAACUUACCGAACCGAGGUCAUUUUCAAUUCCUGACACCCAAGACUAUUGGUAUGGGCUGACCACGUUAGCGGGUUUUAGUAUGAAACCGGGAAUAAAUGCGCACUGCCACCACUCCCCUGAGGCCACCAUUUCUGUGGUUUCAGGUCCCUGUCUAAAAAAGCAACUGUCAAAGCGGCGCACACCGGUUCCCAGCAACGUGGUCGUAGGGCGCCGUUUCAUACUGUAUAUUGACUGUUUCGAUGAUCAGUGGAGUUUGCUCGACUUGGCGCAACGGGGCUCAUUUCCCGUUUUGAUGAGGGCUUGCGAAGAGACUACUGGUUUUGGCGGCGGCAGACAAGGGCUUCUCGCAUGACUCGGGAGUUGAGAUUGGUGGGACGCAUGGUGAUAGGUUUGAGAACGAACGGGUUUGGUGGUGUGUGCUCUUAAUUUGUUUCCGGGAGAUAGAGGUUGCUUGAUCUUUGCUUCUUGUUCUCUGACCUGAUGGUACCGAAAGUGAUCCAUCGUCUGUACUCUGAGUUAUUCCAAAAGCGUUAGACUUGCGAAAGCACAGAAGAUGGAUGUUUUGUUGGACUUUUUAGAUAAAUACCUGAGAUGGCCUCGAUGUUAAUGGAAUGAAUCAAGCCUCUCAGUCACUCACUCAACAGCCUCUCUUUCAAAUCCAACUCAACUGUCUUCGAUUCUUCUGACUUCUCUCGCCUCAACCGCCAAAAUGAAGUUCUCCAUCAUCUCUACUCUUCUCGCCGCCACCGUCUCUGCUCUUCCCGCUGGUCAGGAUGCCGCUGCUCUCGAGGCUCGCCAGCUAGGCGGCAGCAUCACCCGCAACGAUCUUGCCAACGGCAACAGCGGUUCAUGCCCUGGCGUCAUCUUCAUCUACGCUCGCGGCUCCACUGAAUCUGGCAACCUUGGAACUCUCGGUCCCCGCGUUGCUUCAAAGCUCGAGGCCAAGUACGGCAAGAACGGUGUCUGGAUCCAGGGCGUUGGCGGUGCUUACCGCGCUACUCUCGGUGACAACGCUCUUCCUCGUGGAACUUCUAGCGCUGCUAUCCGUGAGAUGCUGGGCCACUUCAACGACGCUAACCAGAAGUGUCCUGAUGCUGUUCUCAUCGCUGGAGGUUACAGCCAGGGUGCUGCUCUCGCCGCUGCCAGUGUCACUGACGUCGACGCCGGUAUUCGGGAGAAGAUUGCUGGAGUCGUUCUCUUCGGAUAUACCAAGAACCUCCAGAACCGCGGAAAGAUCCCCAGCUACCCCGAGGACCGCACCAAGGUCUUCUGCAACACCGGCGAUCUUGUCUGCACUGGUUCGCUUAUCGUCGCUGCUCCUCAUUUGGCCUACCAGAGUGCUGCUUCCGGCGCUGCUCCUGAGUUCCUGAUCCAGAAGGCUGAUGCUGCUGGAGCCGCUUGAGCGAGUUGAUGGAAGGAGAAGGACUAGGCUGGCCUGUUCUUGUAUUUUAUGAGGUUCACGGUUUUUAGUUUUUGUUUGUAUCUACUUCAUGGAGGAAUGGCUUUAGUGACCAUGGACACUGAGACUCAAUACGAUAGCGCAAUCGCAUUGACUUG